GACAUGGAGCUGCUUCGGUUUUCCCUGGUUCUCAUCCAGUCCUGGCUGACCCCAGUGCAAUACCUAAGCAAAGUGUUCACAAACAAUCUGGUUUUCGGCACCUCAGACAGAGUGUAUGAAAAACUAAAGGACCUGGAAGAAGGGAUCCAAGCUCUGAUGAGG